AUGGAGUCUUUUUCUAGAUAUCUAGCAUACUAUGAGAAAUCUGGGCAAUUGACAGGUAUGAAAAUUUCUCGAUCUGCACCCAAGAUUAAACACCUUUUAUUCGCAGACGACUGUCUCUUAUUCUGCAAAGCUAAUGAGAGGCAAGUUCAGAAAUUACUUCAAGUGAUUGAACAGUUCUCUAGUUUUUCUGGGCAACUGAUUAACUUCAAUAAAUCAGCUGUUUAUUUUAGUUUUAAUCUCGAACCUGAAGUCUUCCAAUCUAUCAGUGGAAGUUUGAAGGUUAGAUAUAUCAAUAUCUCAGAGGAGGAAUAUCUUGGUCUACCUUUUUUUGUAGGAAGGAGAAAGCGUAUUCCAUUCUCUAUUCUUUGUGAUAAAAUGGACCACAAAUUCUCUAAUUGGAGUGGUAGCAACAUGUCCGAGGCAGCUAGAUCGUUAAUGAUCAAAAAUGUAUCCAAUGCGAUACCCAUUCAUCGUAUGACUAGUUUCAAGCUUCCAGACGUCACAAUUAAGAGAAUGAGUAGCAAACAACAACAAUUUUGGAGAAACAAAAAAUCGUGUAGAGGAAAUUAUAUCAUAACCUGGAGAAGAACUCAAAAACCAAAGGAAGAGGGUGGAUUGGGCUUUCGUGAUAUGCAUAUUUUCAACAAAGCUUUACUUGCAAAGUCAGGAUGGAAACUAAGUUCAAUUACAGAUUCCAUGAUGGUACAGUCUUUGCAAGCUAAAUACUUUCAAGAUGGAAAUCUCUUCAAUCUAAAGAAGAACUACAAUACAACCUGGUCAUGGAGAAGUAUGUCUUCAGAGCUGAAAUUUGUUCAAGAUAAUAGCAGUUGCAAGAUUUCAACUGAUGAAAUCUGUAAGAGGUCCAUCACUGUCUGGUGUCUAUGGAAAGACAGAUGCGAUAAGGUCUUUCAGAACAUCAGCCCCAAUACGGAAAGGACUAUUUUGAAGUGCCACAGUUUCAUCAAUGACCACUCUGCACAAGUGAGAAUAACUCAUAGUUCCACAAUUAGAGUUUGUCGUCAAAAUGUGCAUUGGUCUCCUCCUCCCAUGAAUUUUGUUUGUAUUAAUGUAGAUGGCUCUUACUUAAAUAAUGUAGGUGGAGUUGGUCUAAUAAUUCGCAAUUUUGCAGGGCUGGAGAAAGUACAUUUUCACCUUGACGCGCUGAGAGUGGUGGAAGCAGUUAACAACAAUGCCUCUAUAGACUGGCAACUUCUCAAUAUGAUAAAAGAUAUUCAAAUUCCAUUUCGUAGUUUCUCCUCUUGGAAAUGUUCUUAUGUUCCUAAAGAGGGUAAUAAAGUUGCUGACAUUCUCUCUAGGUUAGCAAGAGAGAAUGCUUUAACUGAUUCUUGGUCUGAUUCUUCUCCUGUUGAGAUUAGAGGACAAUUAUGUGAAGACCAAACUCAUAUUUUAAUCUUCAUCAUUUUAAAUCCAGUAGGAUCAAUUCAGUGGGCAACAGUAUUGUCAUUCGCUGAUGCAGCAGCCACAUUUGAGCUUGUCACUUGGAGACCAGAAUAUAUGAGCAACAUAUUUUGGUACAGUCGUACAGAUCCAAAAAUGAGGAUUGGGCCAAAGGAAAAUGGAUUUUGUUGGAGUGAUCGCGUUACAAUUCUCUAUUGGAGCAGCAAGAGCUCUCAAUCAUUUAAAACUGCAAUGAUGUCUGCAUCAGUGAGAAUUGAAUGUUUAAUAGUUCCAAGAAAUUGUAUGACUUCUGCUCUCUUUCAAGGGGCUUCCGUUGGUCCUCUUAUUAUUGUUUUUGUGAAUAAUUUUGGUUAUUUGCUUAUUUGA